AGCCAGGGGAACGUAGUUAUGGCUUUGAAAAGAAUACAGAAGGAGCUAAUUGACUUACAGCGGGACCCUCCUUCUCAGUGUUCGGCUGGACCAGUGGGUGAAGACUUGUUUCAUUGGCAAGCAACCAUUAUGGGACCAGGUGAUAGUCCAUAUCAGGGAGGAGUUUUCUUCCUCACUAUUCAUUUCCCCACAGACUAUCCCUUCAAACCACCAAAGGUAGCCUUCACAACUAAAAUAUACCACCCAAACAUCAACAGUAACGGUAGCAUUUGUCUGGAUAUCUUGAGAUCUCAGUGGUCCCCUGCUCUAACAGUAUCCAAAGUGUUAUUAUCCAUAUGUUCAUUGCUAUGUGACCCCAAUCCUGAUGAUCCCUUAGUUCCAGAUAUUGCACAUAUCUACAAGUCAGACAAGGACAAGUACAACAGGCUAGCCAGAGACUGGACUCAGAAGUAUGCAAUGUAACAGAGUGGGAUGGAAUGAUAACGGAUGAAUGUGGGUGAUAAUGUUGACCACAAAUGUACUGUAAACACCCAUUAUCCAUACUGAAUCAAGAGGAGUUUUUUUUUUUUCUUUUUCUUUUUCUUUUCAAAAAGAAACCCUCUGCCCCAAACUUGCUGGUUUAUGCAUUGAAGCAUAUUCUUUUUUUUCAUUGUUUACGAAAAACAAUAAAAUAUAAAUUAUUAUUCACCUACUACUUAAGUGAGCCAUCAAGUAGUAAAAAAUGCAAUUGUUUAUUUUCCCAUAGUAUAGGUACACGUUUCUUUUCUUUUAGAGAUUU